CCUCCGGUGUGAACUCUCUCUGUCGACGCACCAUUAUUUCUAGGGUUAGGGUUUUUCAUCCAACUAGGGUUUUCAAUUCAGAGAGAGAGAGAGAGAGAAAAGAAGAAGAAGAAGAAGAAGAAGAAGAAGAAGAGAGAAGAUUAGCACAGCAAUGGGGAGGUACAGAAGCCGAAGCCGAAGCUACAGCCCAAGGCGUGGCAAGCGAUACGACGACCCUCGCGAAUCCAGGUCUCGCAGGGACCGACGCUCCCCUGCCCCUUCUGGUCUCCUCGUUCGCAACAUCUCCCUCGAUGCCAGGCCAGAAGAUCUUAGAAUCCCAUUUGAACGAUUUGGUCCGAUAAAGGAUGUUUAUCUACCUAAGAAUUACUACACUGGGGAACCACGAGGCUUUGGAUUUGUGAAGUUCCGUUAUCCUGAAGAUGCAGCAGAUGCAAAGGAUCAUUUGAACCAUACAGUUAUUGGAGGACGUGAGAUAAGAAUUGUUUUUGCAGAAGAGAACAGGAAAACGCCUCAAGAAAUGCGUAGGGUUACACGCCCAAGUGGAAGAGGAAGCUACAGGAGGCGAAGUCCAGCAAGGUCCCCAAGACGCCGCUAUCGCUCUUAUUCACGCUCACCUUCCCCAGAAAGAAGUGGCAUAAGGGACCGCAGGUCCAGGGAUGAUUAUUACUCUCCACGCAGAUCUAGAUCUGUUUCAAGAUCAGUUUCACCACCCCCUGAUGAGAGAAAUUAUAGGUCAAACCAGAAGUCCACAAGGCAUUCCAGAUCCAUUUCAAGGUCUCUUUCUCCACGCCAGGAGAGAAAUUACAGGUCAGACCACAGGUCCCCAAGCCCGAGAGAGAAUGGUCGUAGUCCCCGUGAUGAGAGGUAUGAUGAACCCAGCAGGUCACCGAGCCCUAGGGGAAAUGGGCGGAGUCCCUCAAGGUCUCAUUCACGAUCCUACAGUCCUCGCUGAUGGAUGUUCGACUUGAAUUGCAAUAGUAUGGCAUCCUUGGUGCCGUUCUUCGCAGUGUGUGCUCCUUAUCAGUGAAUGCUAGACUACUACUGUUAUAUGUAGCCAUUUUAAUAGUAUGUUUGGUAGACUUGACAUAUUAUGUAUGUAGCCAUUUUAAUAGGAUGUUUGGUAGACUUGACAUAUUAUGGUGACUUUGUUUUGUUUUUGAUAGACCCCUUAUUUAGCCCUUUUGGAGUAUGUUAUUUUGAAUGGAGUAUAUAAUUAAUGUAUCUAUUGGUUUCUAUGGUUGAA